UUACUGUCAGAAGUCCAAAUGGAAACGCAGUUUCUCGCGUCCACUGUCGACACUUUCCCAAAUGAGUCUGGUGGUUCAAAGGUUAAAAAUAUUUAAGUACUUACUUUCAUUAUUUUGUCAAGAGGUAUUUGUUAAGACCUGAAGUAUGAGUUUUGCUGGCGAUCAAAGUACGCAAGCUGCGGUUGACCAUCAACUACAAGAUUUCAUCGAAAUAGAAACGCAAAAACAGAAAUUUCAGAGUUUGGUGCAUAGCCUUACAGAUAUCUGUUGGGAAACCUGCAUUGACAGACCAUCUGUUCGCUUGGAACAUAAGACUGAAAAUUGUCUUGUUAACUGUGUGGAACGUUUUAUCGAUACAACAUCUUACAUAACAAACCGAUUAGAGCGUGUAGCACUGAGUUCUCAUCCUGAACUUGCUAUAGAGUGAUCAAUGUAAUCCUUCUCAUAUAUAAUAGAAAAGUAUUGUGCUAUCAGACAUAUAGAUCAUAAAGUUUUUUUAUAUAGUGUUUGAGAGAAUUUUUCUGUAUAAACUGCACAAUGUUUUCUCGAUUAAGAGAUUUUUUGAAUCGUCAUAAACGAAAAUUCAUUGUCAGUGGUAUUGUUAUUGGAAGUCUUGUAUUCCUUACAAGAUAUACACAGCGCAAGCUACGAGAAUGGCAAGAGAAGGAGGUAAAUGAUCUUUUAGAAAGAUCUAGACGACGCCAACACUUUGAAAGUACUGAAAGAACAUGUAAUCAAACAAUACUAUCCUUAGCAACAGCUUUAAGAGAAUCUGUUAUAAAAGCUUUGGACACAGAUGCUGUUAUAAACAAGUUAAGAAGUGGAUGUCAAGAUAAAGUGGAAACGUGGAACACAUUAAAAGUGUUAGCUAUAUCAAGAUCCGCCACGAUAAUUUACGCAUAUGCAAUGUUAGUUACAUCUCUGAGGAUUCAGCUCAACUUAGUAGGAGGAUACAUGUUCAAGAAUUCUAAAAAUCAAAAUACAGUAGCGCCCAUGAGCGGACCAUCGCUAGAAAAAUACUUGACGCUGUGCGAGUAUUUUAUGGACGAGGGUGUGGAAAAACUAGGAUCACUAAUCCAACAAAAGGUUAAACAAAUAACGGAUGCGACAUCCCUGACGGACCAACUGGCCCUAAGAGAUUUAGAGCAAAUUUAUUGGGCGAUUGUCUCAUCGAUAUCAGCAGAUAAUAGUAGAGAUCCCGUGAAGAACCUGUCUACUUAUAUGUUAUCAACAAACUGUGAAAAUGAGGCGGAUGAUACAUUGUCAAGAAUUAUCAAGGAGACUUUGGAUCUCAUGGAAAGCGAAGAAGUGCAAACUUUAAUGCGCACUAUUAUUAGAAGUGGAUUUGUACUAGUGAUGGAUCAUAUAUCUGAAUAUUUCACGUGCACCCCCCCAGUGACUAAUGGCGUGAAACCGGCAGAAAAGAACACACCUCUACCAGGAUCGUCGAAAGAGUCAGAAACGUUUUGGGCAGAUUCGGUCGAGCAACCAAUAAAUUCUUUUGAUAUGGAUGGUUUUUUGAAUUUAAACAAAAUAACAAUGCCAGUGGCAAAAAUAAUUCCUAUAAUAAAUGGACAGGUUCCAGACAUUUCUACUCAAGGCGAUGUUCCUUCAGACUGGCUUCAGCGGCUCAUCUUGAAUGAGAAACUUAAAGCUCUUGGUGCAAAUAUCUAUGAAGCAUUUAGUUUUUAAUAUAUUAUUAUACUAGAAUAUUAGUAAGAUCACAAGAUACUUUAUAGAGUCAUAACAAAUAUUUUCAUCCAAUCUUGUGCAUUUUAUUUUGCAAUUCAUCUUGCAUUCCAAUGUUUCUUGCACUAAAGGUCAAUGCUAGCGUUGAGUUUUCUGUUUGGCAAAUGCCCUUGGACUUUAAGUAACAUAAGAAAUACUCGUUACAGAAAUACCAAUAUUUCCGAUUUAAAUUUAUGCAGUCAUUUCAGCAUUAAGUAUAGGAAAAUGCAAGAUUGUCGUUUCUGAAGUGUCACUUCCGUCAUGGUAUUUUUGCCGUGUUCGGCCUGAAUGAUACUGUGAAAAUUAUACAAUUUUUCGUAAUUACAUCGUUACUGCACUUUAAAAAAAUCGAAAUAAGUAUUAUCAAAUUUAGAAAAUAAAUAUCCAUGCUCAAGAGCCUUCUUUCGUUACGAUAAUUACGUCUCAUGAUUUGAAAUUAUUUCCAUAAGAAUACCACGCUUUGACAUCUGUAGGAACUGCAUGAAUAAUAUAUGAUGACCUCUCUCCACAAUUA